AUGUCUUUCCUCGCUCGUACUCGCGGAGUGAUCACUCCACUCUACAAUUUGAACCGCUCCUAUGCAACUCAUGCAAACGGCUAUUUACCUGCCGUAUUGCACCUCAAGACGGGACAGUCGUUCAAGGGACAAUCAUUUGGUGCACCUCGUAGCAUCUUUGGCGAGACCGUUUUUUCUACAUCGAUCACUUCCUAUACUGAGUCCAUGACCGACCCCUCCUACCGUGGCCAGAUUCUCGUCUUUACCACCCCCCUUAUUGGCAACUAUGGUGUGCCUCACAAUCAAACACCCAUAGAUUCUUACGACGUUGGUGUUAUUCUCGAGUCAAAGGGCAUCCAGUGUGCUGGCGUCAUUGUCGCGGACGUUGCGGACCGCUUCUCUCACCAUCAGGCCGUCGAAUCCCUGGCCGAUGUUACCCGUCUGUUGCGCGACCAGGGCACGACUCUUGGCCGCAUUGCUAUCGGAUCUGAUGCCGGUUUGCCGGCGCCCCAAGCAGCAGAUUACUGGGAUCCAUCUAAAGAGAACCUCGUCGACCAAGUCUCGACUCGGGAACCCUAUGUCCUGAAUCCUUCCGGCGACAUUAAGAUCGCUGUUUUAGAUUUGGUGCCAAGGCCAAUAUCGUUCGAUCACUUGUUCGUCGGGGCGCAUCAGUUACAGUGUUCCCUUGGAACUACGAUUUCAACAAAGUUCGCAACGAGUAUGAUGGAGUGGGAUCGCCCUAUCUUUGGUAUUUGUAUGGGUCACCAAGUAAUCGGCAUUGCGGCCGGUCUGGAAGCUUACCGUAUGACGUUCGGCAAUCGUGGGCACAACCAACCCGUACUUGCGCUUGCCAAUUCGGGUUCCAUCAAGGCCGGACGCGUCUAUGUAACCAGCCAAAACCACCAAUACGCAUUAACGCUUCAAGACCCCUUCCCUCAAGGAUGGGAACCCUUCUUCAUCAACUGUAACGAUUCCUCGGUCGAAGGUAUCAAGUCCACAUCAGAGUCGGGUAAACAAGUGUGGGGAGUGCAGUUCCACCCGGAGAGCGCUGGCGGUCCUCUGGACACGAUCGAGAUGUUCACUGAUUUUGUUAACACCUGUCGUGCCGGAAAGGAGUCUCGCACUACAUAA